CACAAAAACACACAUCACAUACACUUUCUGUGCACUUUCUGUUGCGCGCUCGGACACACGAACAGUAAGCUCACGCAGACAGAGUGGGGGGGCUACUGUGACAAACUGGCUCAGAGGAGCAAGUUUGCCUAGAGAGAGGAAAGGUCUCUAAAGGUAGAGCGAGAGAGAGAGAGAGAGAGAGAGAGAGGGAGAGAGAGAGAGAGAAAUGGAGAGGGCAGCAGUGGUGCGCCACAUUUAGACCCGCAGCAAAGACGAGCUGUUCAAGGGGAACCGAUUAAUGGAGCUCUGCAGGGAGCGAUGAGAAGCUUCUUUAAGGCAGGAGGGAGUGAGCAGCUCGCACCAGGUGCCCAGAGACCAACACACAGCCAGCGAGAGAGGACGCCGACCAUCACCAGCUGUCAGUGGCACGUCUCACUGGAGCCCCUGGUCCUAGAGCGGGGCGCGCACUCCUGCCAGGGGUAAUGAGAAGUCCCGGGAGGCCGUGGAGAGCCGGACAGCCCGACAGAGCGAGACACACGAAGGAGCGGGCCGGGGCUCACAGGGAUGAGAGGGGCCACAAGCUGAGAGGAGCCGAGCGAGGGGGAGCGGCGGAGCAGCCCCGAAGAGGAGGCGGGUGAGGGCGCGUUACUGCGAGUAUAGGCUGCAGAAACAUGAGUGUGCCACCGAACUGUGGGUUCUGUUACUCCGUGGAGCGGAGUCUCACUGUGCGCAGUGGGGACAUAUGGGGAUCUCCGUGUGCUGUCAACAGGCCCAUUGACAUCAUACAGAAACGCAGGCGUUUUGAUGUGGAAAAUGGAUUAUCGGUGGGCCGUAGCCCCCUGGACCCCCAGGCCAGCCCAGGCACUGGGAUGGUUAUACAGGCCAACUUUCCCCACAGCCAGCGGAGGGAAUCCUUCCUCUACCGCUCCGACUCCGAUUUUGACCUUUCACCCAAAGGUCCCUCCAGAAACUCCUCCACUGCCAGUGACCUGGAGGAAAGCUUGAAGCACUGGGAGGUCAACUGGUUGUCGACUCGACACACAGAAGACAUGAUCGUUACACCAUUUGCACAGGUCCUCGCCAGCCUGAGGACAGUCCGAGGUAACUUUGCCAUUAUAACUGACCAGCAAGAUCGCCCAGCAAGCAAGACGCGAUCCUCAGGCAACAACCCACCAUCCAUGUGCAAGACCAGCCUUGCAGAGGAGCCUCACCAGCAGCUGGCCAUAGAGACUCUGGAUGAGCUGGACUGGUGUCUGGAACAGCUGGAGACGCUGAAAACGCGACACUCUGUCAGCGAGAUGGCUUCAAACAAGUUCAAGAGGAUGCUGAACCGAGAGCUCACCCAGCUGUCGGAAACCAGUCGGUCAGGAAACCAGGUGUCUGAGUUCAUCUCCAGCACCUUCCUUGAGAAGCAACAUGACAUGGACAUCAUGUCCAACCCCACCAAGGAAAAGGACAACAAUAAGCGGCCCAUGUCCCAGAUCAGCGGCGUGAAGAAGGCCACCCACAGCCCCAGCCUCGCCCCCUCUACCAUCCCACGCUUUGGGGUCAACACCGGCCAGGAGGCACUCCUCACCAAGGAGAUGGAGGAUGUAAACAGAUGGGGCAUCGACAUAUUUAGGGUCUCUGAGUAUUCAGGGAAUCGAGCGCUGACGGUCAGCAUGUACACCAUCUUCCAGGAACGCGACCUGCUCAAGUCCUUCAAGAUUCCUGCCGACACUUUCAUCACUUUCAUGAUGACUUUGGAAGAUCACUAUCACGCGGAUGUGGCGUACCACAACAGCAUCCACGCUGCCGACGUGGUCCAGUCCACACACGUCUUGCUGUCCACACCUGCCCUGGAGGCUGUUUUUACUGAUCUGGAGAUCCUCGCCGCCCUGUUUGCCAGUGCCAUCCACGACGUGGACCACCCUGGAGUUUCUAAUCAGUUUCUCAUCAACACCAACUCGGAGCUGGCCCUGAUGUACAACGACUCGUCGGUGCUGGAGAAUCACCAUCUGGCAGUCGGCUUCAAGCUUGCGCAGGAGGAAAACUGUGACAUCUUCCAGAACCUUAGCAAAAAACAGAGACAGUCAUUGCGCAAAAUGGUCAUUGAUAUGGUGCUGGCAACAGAUAUGUCUAAACACAUGAACCUACUAGCAGACCUGAAAACUAUGGUGGAGACAAAGAAAGUCACCAGUCUCGGAGUCCUGCUCCUGGACAAUUAUUCAGACCGCAUACAGGUUCUUCAGAACAUGGUGCACUGUGCGGACCUGAGUAACCCCACCAAGCCUCUUGAGUUGUACCGACAGUGGACGGACCGCAUCAUGGUGGAGUUCUUCACCCAGGGGGACAGGGAGAGGGACAAGGGCAUGGAGGUCAGCCCCAUGUGUGACAAACACAAUGCCUCCAUAGAGAAGAACCAGGUGGGUUUCAUUGACUACAUAGUUCAUCCAUUAUGGGAGACGUGGGCUGACCUCGUCCACCCAGAUGCUCAGGAGAUCCUGGACACUCUAGAGGAUAACAGAGAGUGGUACCAGAGCAUGAUCCCCCACAGCCCUUCACCCGAAACAGAGGCCCAGGAGGAGGAGGAGACCCUCCCUGGAGAAGCUUCAGCACUCAGUUCCGCCGUUAUCGAUAAGUUCCAAUUUGAGUUGACCUUGGAAGAAGAAGGAGAGUCCGACACAGAGAGUCCGCAUGAGGAGGAGGAGAGCUGCGAUCGCAGGAGGGCGUCUCCACUUUCCAGAACUGGAUCUGGCAGCAGAUUUGAUGCUAAGACUCGCCGGUUCCCCAAAAUGCUCACCGCCGAUUCAGACAGGACGUUUUCUAUAGAAUCUGAUAAAGAUAUGGCAGAAGAACGAGAAACAGACCAGGAAGACAUCUCCGGGGUACCACCCGUCAGACUCGGCACAUAGCAUAGCACAUUGGAGCCUUUUUUGUUUGUUUUUCUUGAUUUCGGUGCCUCAUCCUCUGUCACUCCCCCUUCUCCCACUCUGACCAAACACCACCACCUCUGGUUUCCGUGGGACAAAGGGCGACAGCCUCUGGGGGGUGUGGAGUACGGAAGUGCACGCAGCUGUGGGAGGUGCUGAGAGAAAGCCUGCAGUUCUACACAGCAGUCACUUGCACUGGAGAGAGACAGAUAGACUCAGAGAGGACGGGGAGUCAACUUUCUGACAGGUCCUUUUGCGUUCUGUGUCCUUCAGUCAGACUUACAGAAACUCUGAGAAGUUUAUUUAAAGAAAACUUCCCUUUCUACCAGCCGACCUAAGGUCUUCUACUGCCAACGACAGCCCUGUCUUCCUCUUUUGGAGUACUUGUGAAAAAGUGAUGAAUGAUCGUGAAAACAUGCAAACAAGGUCUUGUGAGACUCUUGCCAAACUUGCAAUUUACGGGGACAAUGCUGUUUUACCUGCCUUUUGGUUUUCUGUUGGUUCAUUGUGUUAUUUAGGUCCAUACACCAUGGAAGGCAGUAAAGGAAGGUUAAGUACAUGUCACUCCAAAGCAGCCUGAGCAAAGUAAAGUCAGAAAGGAGCUCUCCAUGGUUUUAUCCCGUACUCUUCAGAUGUAGCAGACAUUUUGAGUGGCUGUCAUUAUUGUUGUACUUACUCCUAUAAGCUAAAAGCCCAUUGAGUUAUGUUGAACAGGAGGUCGUAGUAGGACAUGCAUAUGCUUAUGACGACUGGGCUUGCAGUGAAUAUUAUUUUUGAGAUUUCCAGUUGUUUCAGGUUUAUUAUUUCCAUUGUUUAUAACCCGAAACUCUGAUAUUUACAGCAACAAAACUGAGCCAGGGUCAGUGUCACAGUCACGGGAUAACAUCUGAAGCAAUGUUGACUGUGCAUAUGGCGCCUCCCAGUGACAACAGAUGGAACUGAACUGGCGAAUAAUUUGCGUGGUUUUGCAUAGAGGUACAUGGAAAAUACAUUCAAAAUGUAUUUAACUGUAGGUCUACCCAAAAUACCUGUCAUGAUUCAGUUUUGUUGAGCUUUUUUAUGUUUUUAUUUAUUUUUAAGUCAGUAAUUUUUGUUAGCUUUCUUUUUAUUUGUCUCCCAUUUUAUCAAUUUGCCUUCAAGUGUAGCACUUUACAGUUUUGUUCAUUGCCGGCCCUCACUAUGGUUGUUAAGGGCUUGAGCCGAAACAUUAACACGUCUGAGGCUGUUGACUGAAGAACAGUUUGUCAUUGACUGUAAAGCAAACCAGCACAAACUGCAUACAAAGAGCCCUUGCCAUUCAAAUCCAUUAUUGUUACUACACAAUUUGUCAAACACAGCUACUGAAAUGCAGAUUUUGGUGACUUGCAUAACGUACCAGACUGAUAAGGGCCGUGUAUUAGAUGUGUGAGUGUUGCAAAGAAUAAUGCUCGCAUCACUGUAACUGUAAAAAAAACAACAGGAGGUUACCGAGAGACAGUUUCCUGUGCCAGAACGUUUUUUUUUCUAAUCUUUUUUUUCCCUCUCAUCGAUCAAUAUUUCACUCUUCACAAGGACAUAGUCAAUGACAAAACAAGUGCCAAGCAAGCGUGAUACAACCCGUACUGUAAUUUCCAUUUUGCCACUGGCUACUUUCCAUCAGUGACUGAUAAAGUUGGUUGAUUGUAGCACCCUGUGUGCCAAUCUGACCCGACUGUCUCUGGUCCUUUUUUUUUUAAAACUCCUGUUCAAACAGUAACUGAAACUGAUGUUGUCUUAAACAGUGAUGUGGGUUUGUGUGUGUGUGAAUGACGCGGUUUCAUUUUUUUGAAUGUAUUACUAAGAGAGAAGGAAAAAAAACCAAAGCACUUUGUAUGGUACUUUUACAGUUCUGCACUUCCAGUACAGUUGAACAUGUAUAAUGUGACUGUUUCACUGUUUUUUCUGUCGGCUAAAGGCCUGGUGAUCGAGUGGAACAGCACGGGCUGGUACCACUAUAGCUCCUAUAGUUGGAUGUUGGAGGGACUGAAGUUGUUUUUUGCUCUUUUUAUAAGUGACUGUACAAAAACAUGGAUUUCUGUGGAAAUGAAUGACGUCGGCUGCAGGACGAACGUGAGGAGUAUAAACACAAAACUUAGCCUGUGGAGAAACUUUAUUUUAUUUUAUUACCGUGAAACAGAAAUAACUAAUGUUUUAAUGUAUGAAUGAGAUGAAUUUUUUCUUUUUUUCUUUAGACGCCUUAUUUUGAAUUUUGGUCGUAGAUGUGUUCGCUGACAUGCUGGAGUAUAAAACAUGUGCAAUCCCUUCUGUAGGAACUCAAGGAUGCCUUCACCAUUAAGGACUAUUUAACAGAAGCGUAACCAGCACAACAUGCGAUGGCUCAUUUCUUACUCUCUGUGUGUCACUAAUUGUCUGAUUUUGUACAUUUUCCUCACAGUGCUUCGUGUACAGUUUAUUUAUUAUUUCUUUAUUAUCUGUCAGAAACAAUGGGGCAGUCAACUUUUUUUUGUCUGAGGUUUAGUGCUCAUGUGUGGCUCGACGCGUGAGAAAGUCAAACAGGACAGAUUUCAACUAUUACUUCAACUAUUUUUCCUCCUCAUUUAAUUUCUCUAUCUUUGCGAGUAACAUUAUACAUAAGCAAAAAAUUAUCUGUUUCACGUUUUUCUUGUUUAAAAAAUAGUUGAGUGACAGAUUUCCGUCUUGGUUUUUCUGAAACACCUCGGAAGACAUCUUUUCCUCGUCGUUCUCUGUUUCCAUUGAUCCACUCAGAUCACAUAUUCAUAAAGGAUCGUCCAGUCAAUGUGCCGAUCCAAGACUUCUUGGAUUCAUAGUGAAGUUUAGUUUAGUCAGACAGCCUCAACAGUCAUCCUUGAUCAGUAUUUCUUUUCCCAGAGAUGUUAUGAAUAUGGGUUGUGAACCAAGACUGCAGCUUUGACAAUCUAAACUCUGCUGUUUGACUGCGAGAGGGUUAGCCCUCUCUCCAACUAGAACUGUAUGCCUUGCAAAUAAAGGAAAAGGUUUUCACUCUU